UUUAAUUUAAGCAUUUAUCUAUUAUAUAAGCUUAUUUAGCAUUAAUGGUCAGGGCGUACCGUCUACGGCCGUUUUUUCCUUUAUUUAUUGGUAUUCCGUAUUGGUUUUUUCUCGAUCACAUUGUCAGUCAGUAACCGAGUUCCCGAGAAAUUUUCUGUUUUUGUGUUCUUCAUUUAGGUUACUGAUAUCCGAAAGAGAUUUUUCCAGUCCGACAACCUACUCUUCUUUUUAUACGUCAGAUUCCACUCUCACUGGGACUUCAGCUUUUUUAGAAUCGGAUUUAAUUUAGACGUCACCCUCUCUUUAAUAUUUGUUUUAGAGGCGUCUCUAAUAUUUGUUUUUCUAUAGAGUUGGCCGGGAUCGGGAUCCCGGUCGGGAUCGGGCGGGAUUAUCCCGGGUUUUUCAAAUCCCGAUCCCGAUUUUUCUGAUCCCGCUCCCGAAAUAAAUAUCCCGAUCCCGGCCAAUUUCAAUCCCGAUACCGGCCAACUCUAUUUUUCUAGAGGUGACGUAAAAUUGAGAUUCGACCUCUUAAAAAUCUGACGUUUAAGUAGGAAUGAGUAGGAAUGACGUAUAAACGAGAGCUUCUCAUUUUUAAAAAUUUUAUUGAUUGAAUUUUUCACUUGUUUUUAAUUAAAUUUGUGUCAAGUUUUAAAGUCCAAAGUUUGCCUGCCUUUCUUUAAAAAUUACCCCAAAAAUUUUGUUUUUUCUUUUGUCUUGUAAAUAUUUUUUGUUUUUUUUCUUUUGUUGUUUAUUGUCUCUAAUUUUAUUGUUCUUUUAUAUUUUAAAUUUUUUUCUAUUCCUUCUACAAAGAGAACAACCCUUUAAAUGUUUAGGGCAACACAAAGUUGGGGUCAAAUCCUGAGACUUUUACUAAGUCUUGAGAGAAAAUUUUAUUUCAGAAAACACAGCAAGGAUGUGAUCUCUUCCGUAUUCCACAGAUUGACCUUUCCACUUCCAUCUUCCACUUUCUUAACAUUUCUUUUUACGCUAGUCCCUUGAAAGAGGUGACUUGCAUAAAGAUAUGCCAGUCCACUUUAUUGGAAUUAAUUUAUUUUAUUUUUAUUU